UAUUCAUAUAACAAACGCACACCAAACUUUAUUAUCGCGGGAUCGAACAUUCGCGAUAACACCGCCAUACAGAACGCAACGCAUAUUAUUCGCUAGGGAUAUAUAUAACUAUUUUACAUGAAAAUGCUCGCUCUAUUUGUAAGCUUUACUAUUUUAAAGUGCGUACUUGAAUAUAAUUAGAGUGAGUUAGUGCUAUGGGUGUGCCUAUGGUGAAGCGUUCUUGUUGUGGCUGCAGUCUGCACACUGGCACCUUGGUCAUUGGAUGUCUGUACACGGUAUGGGCGUUGCUGGAGUUGAUGGGCUACAGUUUGAUGGUGACGUUAUGGCCGCUUGGCAGGGAGGGUCAGGUCUCCGUCCAUAAGUAUGCGUUCUACAUUGCCGCCGCUGCAGUCAGCGGUAUACACAUGCUGUCAUCUAUCCUGCUCAUCGUUGCCGCUGUUAAGAAGUUAGCAUCCCUGACACUACCGUGGACGAUAGUAACUGGGAUCAUAACGGCUAUCUACUUCGUCAUCUGUCUGACCGGCAUCAGCCUCGUACUGCAAGACACAGGAGAGACACUAGUAUUGGAGAUCAUAGUCAUAUGUGCCUGCCUCGCUAGACUUUGUAUCUCAGUAUACUGCAUCGUGGUGGUGCACAGUCGUCACAAGCAACUGAUGGAGGAUGAGCACGAGGUUAGGUUUCAGCACUCUGGCAGGGUCUACAAGGCGGUAGAAUGGGAUAAGACAAAUGGAACGGGAAAUGAACCGCUCUAGUGAGCUACAGCUAAUCUGAUCGAUGACAUGAUUAAGGACUCUAAUAAAGUAAAGAAAGAGAAAAUGUAACGAUAUUCGAUCCGGUUACCUCUGUCUGGCAGAAUCUCGAUGCUCAGUUAAU